GGGUGAUCGCACAAGGCAGGUGAUAUUCGCUCAUUGCCCAUGGAACAAUGCCGAACUUGGAUGUGGCUGACCAGCUUAGUGAUGUGCUCCGUGAUGCGCAGAGCAUGCCUGCAACGAGUCCAAAGGUUGCAGCUCUGCAGGCUGUUGCAAAGGCGACACAGGCAGCAGAGGACUUCCGAGGAGUCCAGGAGUACCAGAAGGUGAACACCUGGGUAGCGGCCAAUCCCUUCUUCCGCCCCAGCUUUGUGUCAGGUCACCAGUCUGCAGUCAUCGACUCUCCGCCUGAGGCCAUGGGCAUGUUGGCCAGGACCAACCCCAUCGCUGCAUGGCAUGCUGCAGAGGCCGUGCGUCUCGCAGCAGAGGACAGCUUGCCUGGUGGUGACUUGUAUCAUCAUGCAGAUGGAUCGCGAGGACCGGAUGUGGCGCAGAAGUUUAUGUCAUCCGCAUCCAUGCCAAUGCCACUCCUUGUUCUGUGGAAGCUGCGACCGUGGAAGCGACCGCGGGAAGCAUCACGAGCUUACACGAGCAGCUUCUUGUGAGGAA